AUGAACUCUUCUCCUACUUCCCCAGUUUCCCCGGUAUCUGGUGAUCAUUCUUCAAUACCAUUGACUACCUCAAUAUCAAACAAUUCCACCACUAGCGAUUCUUCUUUAGAAAGUCAAUCUUCCAAUUAUGGUACUAAAACACCAUCAGGUAAUGCUAGAAUUUAUAAUUGUAAAUUAUGUCAACGAGCUUUUACUAGAGAGGAACACCUUACUAGACACACAUUAUCUACACACAACAAAUUGAAACCAUUCAGAUGUGGUAUUUGCAGUAGACCAUUUUCUAGACGAGAUUUAUUAUUAAGACAUGCUAAGAAUUUACACCAAGGUAGUGAAGUUGCUGUAAGUAGAAUUAGAAAAAGUUAUAAACAUUCAAAGGAAAAACCAUCAUCUUCUUCUAAAAUUUCUGUGCAAGAAGACUCGAAAAGUGAAAGUGAUGAAAGUGACAAUGGUGAUUAUGACACCAAAAAUAAUUAUCAUGUUAGUCCAAUACUUCCAAAGCCAAUAGUUGCUAAAGUUAACCCUACUACAGGUAAUACUUCUAUAACUUCAUCUUCUACAAAUCCAGCCACUACCACUCCAAGACAAAUUGAUGAUUUCGAGACCCCAGAAAAAAAGAGAUUGAAAAUAUCAGUAAACAUGUUGGUCAGUUGA